AUGAUUGGCUGUCAGUCCGUCCUGCAUUCUGACUUGUGGGUCCUUUGGCCGUUCCUCAGGCCAACCCAUGACAGUACGGCUGGAAUAUGGGCGACCCUUUUGUAUAGCGGGGGAUGGUAUGCAUGGUCGCAAGGGAGAUACGAUAUUGCGCAGCAGAUGGUGGGCAAGGCAAGGAAGGUUCGUCAGAGAAGAUUUGGAAGAGAAGAUGUGGCGACUCUGGCAAGUAUAUCGUUAUUUGCCUUGGUCCAGAAGGACCAGGGCCGGUGGUCAGAGGCCGAGAAGCUGGAGGUGCAGGUGAUGGAGACGAGCAAGACCAAGCUCGGGGCCGAUCACCCCAACACGCUGUCGAGCAUGAAUAACCUAGCUUUCACUUGGCAAAAUCAAGGUCGCCACGCAGAUGCUUUAGCACUGAUGGAGGACUGUGCCCAGGCUCGGCGGCGAGUGCUUGGGGAAGAGCACCCAUAUACGCUGUUGUCUUUAGCCGCUGUUGCUAAGUGGAGUAGCUAG